AAAAAAAAAACGUGCAAAAAAAUAACCUCAGCACUUCUGUUGUUUGUUUAAUAUUAAAAAUAUUUCUUUAUUAAUAAACUAAUUUAUAAUGUCUGUAGACGCUGAGGACGAGUUUUCAGACUUCAAGUUACCACCGAUUUUGGACGAUUUGAACGAGCGUGUGAAAGAAUAUCUGCUGAAGCCGGAGAGGCUGUCUAUCCACCAAUGGGAGCGGUCACAGACGCACUGGCAUCGCCAGACCGAUGUGGAUUCUUUGUUCAAAAUAGAUGACGAUGACAUUGGGCCUGAUACUACUCUUGAGGUGGUAAGAGAUCCAAUAACUGGCCAGAUAAUUGGUUUAGAAGAGAUUAGCAUUCCAGUAGAAGAUGACGAAGACAGUCUCUCAAUGUCCCGGGCCCCGCUGCCACCAGGUCUCGCCACUAGGGGCUCCACUACACAGAACCCGUUCCUCCCAGCGGGCUUCGAAGAAGAACUCCUGAAGACCUUGGAAGAAGCUGCACAGCAUAAGGAGAUCAAUAUCAACCUUGAUGCUGAUGAGCCUGGGAAGUUUUUGGGAGAAGAUCUACUAGUAAUCCCCCCGGGCUGCAAGGAAGGAGCGAUAUUCGCGUCUGACGGUAUGACAGUCCUCAACCACCCCAAUAAGGAGGAGGUUCCUAGCUCCGACAGCAAAGAGGAUGUGGACAUCCAGAUCAAGAUCAACUUGGAGGAAGUUGUUGAUAGCAAUGCUCAUUUAGUAGGCCUUUGGAAAGACGACGACGAACAGCAGUUGAAACCAAGGCAGCUUCCUAAAAAGCCACAAGAAGUAGACUCGGAUUCAAAAGACGACAACUUCCUCGAAGGCACCAUCAUUCAGCCCCCAGUGGAACUACCAGAGAUUCCUAUCCUGAACAUCUCGGGGUCUGCAGUGAGGGCCGGAGCCAUGUCCACGGAAUGGGCUGAGAUGAUAGAUGUGUCACAACCCGUGCCCGAGUUCAAAGAGAAGAUUAAAGACAUGGCACAUUCGUAUCCAUUUGAGUUGGAUAAUUUCCAAAAACAGGCGAUAUUGAAACUAGAAGAAGGACAUCACGUGUUCGUUGCGGCUCACACCUCUGCCGGUAAAACAGUUGUGGCUGAAUACGCUAUUGCAAUGUCCAGAAGAAACUGUACCAGAGCAAUAUACACGUCCCCAAUCAAAGCACUCUCCAACCAGAAGUACAAUGACUUCAACAAGAUGUUCGGCGAGGUGGGCCUGUUGACCGGUGACCUGCAGAUCAACGCCACCGCCUCUUGUCUCGUCAUGACCACCGAGAUACUGCGGUCCAUGCUGUACUGCGGCUCGGAUGUCACUAGGGACCUGGAGUUUGUCAUCUUCGACGAAGUGCAUUAUAUUAACAAUGCUGAGCGAGGCUACGUAUGGGAGGAGGUGCUGAUCCUGCUGCCAGCUCACGUGAGCAUCGUCAUGUUGAGCGCCACGGUGCCCAACACGCUCCAGUUCGCGGACUGGGUCGGCCGCACCAAGAAGCGGAAGGUCUACGUCGUCUCCACCCCCAAAAGACCCGUGCCACUCUGUCAUUAUCUUUAUACUGGUGCUGGCGGCAAGUCCAAGAACGAGCGGUUCCUAGUGGUGGACCAAGAGGGAAACUUCCAGCUGCGCGGGUACAACGAGGCUGUCGCCGCCAAGAAGGCUCGCGAGGACAAGAACGAACACAAGAAGAACUUUGGACCUAAAGCUGGUGGCAAGCAGUACAACAACCCGAAGGCGGACCAGACGAUGUGGGUGGCGUUCAUAGACCACCUGCGGACGCACGACAAGCUGCCCGUCGUCGCGUUCACACUCUCACGGAACAGAUGUGAUCAAAAUGCGGAGAACUUGAUGUCAGUUGACCUCACUACAGCCAAAGAGAAGGGUCACAUACGUUCCUUCUUCCAGAAAUGUCUACAAAGGCUGAAAGAACCAGAUAGAAAACUGCCACAGGUAGUAAGAUUACAAAGAGUGCUGGAGAAUGGUAUCGGCGUCCACCACAGCGGUAUCUUGCCGCUGCUGAAGGAAAUCGUCGAGAUGCUCUUCCAAUCUGGCUUUGUGAAAAUCCUGUUCGCAACGGAAACUUUCGCGAUGGGUGUGAACAUGCCGGCUCGUACGGUGGUGUUCGAUGAGACGACCAAGUACGACGGGAUGCAGCGACGCACGCUUGCGCCCGCCGAGUACAUACAGAUGGCAGGGCGAGCUGGACGACGAGGUCUGGACGACACGGGCACGGUGAUAAUCCUGUGCAAGGACGGCGUGCCCGACCUGAUGACGCUCAAGGGCAUGAUGCUUGGUAUCCCGCAGAAACUCUCCUCGCAGUUCCGACUCACGUACGCCAUGAUACUCAGUCUAUUACGCGUUGCGACAGUAUCGGUAGAAGGCAUGAUGCAGCGUUCCUUCAGAGAGUUCAACCAGAUAAUCCAAGCUGACAACUAUAGGAAACAGUUACAACUAGCGGAGAAGGAAUAUUCAGAGAAAUGCAGUACCCCUCUGGCGUCCCACCUCGCCCCUCUAGCGUCCUUCUACGACGCCGCAGCAGGCUAUGUGGAUGUGCUGAAUGAAAUAAUGCCAAUAUUGCUGAGUCAACCGAAAGUCGCCAAGGAAUUGGUCGCGGGCAAGAUAAUGAUCGUCUCUGCUGGGCCUUUUAUUAACCAGUUGAGCGUUUAUUUGAACGGCAAUGGGCCCCGUCAAACGCCGUACAAAGUACUGGUGCUGAACACGGCGGUUCAAGACACCACUCGAUACAACUUCGAUGUGGACGACAACUGGUUCAGAAUGCUCAGCUUCUCUGCUCUCUAUGACAGCAUCGGCACCGAAGAAAGUACAAUAGACCACACAAUUUUGUGCAUUGCGCCGAAGAAUGUGGUAGCAGUGACCAAAAUGACGCUCAAGAUCGACCCCAACCUCAUCAUACAGGACUGGGAGAAGAGGCAAAUGCCACGAUUCAAAGACGCGCCGGUCGGAUCUAGCUGCGCGAGCACAGUACAGGAACUGUCGCGGUUGUCUCACGCGGUGCGCACCGGGGUCACCACAUUGGAACGGAUCAGUCUCACGCAGUACUUGUCUGUCAGCACGGGGGAAAUACUGCAGACAUUGGACAAGAUGAACAAAUUCCAGAGUGAGCUAGAAACCUUGAAGAAAUCGACCGAUAUAGCGAACUUCAAGUCUGAGUUUGCAAUUGUAUACGAAAGGAAGCAAGCGGAAAGAAAACGGGACAAAUAUAAACGCUUAUUGUCUUAUGAAAACCUAGCAUUAUACCCUGAUUACCAACGGCGACUGAUGGUUCUUAGAGAGUUGAAUUACAUAGACGAACACGAUAGUGUGAUUCUAAAGGGGAGAGUGGCUUGUGGAAUGGGUACUAAUGAACUAAUAAUAUCGGAGUUAGUGUUCAGAAAUGUGUUCACGGACAAGACGCCGGCAGAAAUAGCCGCGUUGCUCAGUUGUUUCGUGUUCCAAGCGCGUACGCAGGUCGAGCCGCAACUGACCGAGCGACUCGAAGAGGCCGUCAAGACUAUAGAGAAAAUUGACGAGGAGUUAACCAGCAUCGAGUACAAGUAUAUGGUGAACCAAUUCGAGGGUCAACAAGAGCGCCUGAACUUCGGGCUGGUGCGCGUGGUAUACGAGUGGGCGCUGGAGAAGCCCUUCGCGGAGAUCAUGGACCUCACAGACGUGCAGGAGGGCAUCAUCGUACGGUGCAUCCAGCAGCUGCACGAGUUACUGGUUGACGUAAAGGAUGCAGCUGUAGCGAUCGGCGACCCGAAACUCCAGGCGAAGAUGAUGGAAGCAUCCACCGCCAUCAAGCGAGACAUAGUCUUUGCAGCUAGUCUCUACACCACACAGAAGGAAACCGUCGUCUCCUGAUCAAGGGAUACCAUUCCGUAGAAAAGGGUCUAAUGAAAUAAGGAGGGUGAAAUGGCCCAAAGUUCUAAAAGACCUCUAUUGCUUCUCUAAAGGAAUAUGAAUUGCAAUGUCAUUAACCGCCGACUUUAAUUUAGAUAUUCUACAAAGCCAGAAUGUCCACGAAUUUUAUGCACCACAUUUUCCUAUAUUGAUACCAUUUCAUUAUUUUAAUAAUAGUAAUACAUAAUCCACUACAGGGCAAUGUUUUAGGCAGAUAGAAUCAGAGUACAAGAUAAGAGAAGAGAAUGAAGAAAAAGAGAAAGAAGAAUUACAACAGGAACAUUGCUGGGACCGGCACAUCACAGAUCGUGCCAUCUCCUUAUCUCGAGAAAUUCCUUAUUCAUGGUGUUACGGACAGCCGAAUCUGCAUAAGCAACACAUGGAAUUGUAUUUAUUGCUUUGUACAGAUCUCAGAAUAUCAUGAUAAGCAUUUUUGUUAAUGGAAUGAAUAAUAAACAAUAAAUCUACUAAGGUAAAAAUCGCUUGAUUAGAAUGACAGCUAUCAGAUUAGUAUAUACGUACGUUUCCCUGACGUUUUCUGAUAUUACCUACUGUCUCUUUCGCACUUUUUGUAUCCUGCUGUCAUUCUGAUCAAUCUAUUUUUAACAUGGUAUUCUUUUUAUUGUAAAUUCCGAAGUUUUAUUUCUGUCUCAUAUUUUUCCAACUUGUGAUCGA